AUGACAGAUUGGUUCGAACUUCUGCUGAAUGUUGACUACAGCCUCGCCGUAGCAACACGCCUUCACACUGACAACGCCCAACUCGCCCUGUGUGAUGUGAAUACUAUUGGCCUGAGGCAGCUUGCCGAGGAUCUACAGUCGCCUCAUCAAAGAAUCCUCCACCCGGAUGUGACAUCAAGCCAGCAAUGUCAGGACACCAUCUCCAACAUUGUCAGUGACUUGGGCAAGACAGACUGCCUCUCCAAUUGUGCUGGUAUAAACCCGACAAAUCUACCACUGGAGGCGACAACGGAUGAGUAUUGGGACAAGAUCGUGGACACAAGCCUAAAAGGAACGUACCUCAUGACCAGAUCCAGCAUUCCGCAUUUGACUGAAGGAUCCGUUAUUGUCAAUGUGUCUUCGGUGGCAGGACUCAAGACAAGUGCUGGCCAUGCCAUAUACAACGCAGCAAAAUUUGGCGUGGUCAGCUUCUCACAGUCCAUGGCACUGGAACUGGGGGCCCGGGGCAUCAGGGUGAAUGUUGUCGCUCCAGGAUCGAUAAAUACUCCAGCGAACAAUUCUGUUCGUCAAGGAAGGGGGGUGAUACAACAGACAGAGCAGGGUGUGGCUCUCAGAAGGACGGGGACUGCAGAAGAGAUGGCCAACGUAGCAACAUUUCUGUUCUCUGAGUAA